GAGAUGAUCUGACGUCGACCCGUCUUCCUUGUGAUACCUUCACCAUUGUCUAGCCAAGCCAAACUCCAAUCAAAGCCCGAACUGGAUUGAAGAUCAUCUGUUUUUGAUUCUUCAAAGCGAAAUCAUGGAAGCUGAGCUGUUCGAAGACUGCUUGGAAUUGAUUCUGAAUUGAUUAGCAGCCGAUGACAACAACUUCUUGCAAUCCCCUUGUUUGGUCUCUAAGCAAUUCCUCUCCAUCACCAAUCGACUUCGACAUAAAUUGGUGGCCUCCAACAGAUUGUUCUACAGCAAUAACUGUGAGGCUUUAUUCAGAGCCCUUCAACGAUUCACAAACCUCCACGAGAUUGAGCUUCAUGAUCCUGUCAUCGGUGACAAUGCCGACGUCAAUUACCCCAUUCGAAGAAUCGCUUCUUCCAGGUUGGAUCUUCAUUCCCUCUCUCUUGAAUCUUUACAGAAACCCCCAUUACCCAAAACUUUUAUGAAAUUGGGUUUGACCAUGAAGAACUUGAAGAUUUUAAGAUGUCCUCGGGCCAAGUGUUUUCGAAAUCAUCACCUUGUUGCCAUAGUUGAUGCUUUACCAUGGCUUGAAGAGCUCGGUAUCCAAUUUUCCGGCAACAAAUUUGAUUCUAAAAGCGCAAAGUACAUGGUGACAGAUGCUGGAAUUGAGGUUAUGUCACGUAAGCUCCGACGGUUGCGUAAAAUUAAUAUAAGCGGGCAGCGAAAUCAUGGAAGCUGAGCUGUUCGAAGACUGCUGGGAAUUGAUUCUGAAUCAAUUAGCAGCCGAUGACAUCAACUCCUUGCAAUCCCCUUGUUUGGUCUCUAAGCAAUUCCUCUCCAUCACCAAUCGACUUCGACAUAAAUUGGUGGCCUCCAACAGAUUGUUCUACAGCAAUAACUGUGAGGCUUUAUUCAGAGCCCUUCAACGAUUCACAAACCUCCACGAGAUUGAGCUUCAUGAUCCUGUCUUCGGUGACAACGCCGACGUCAAUUACCCCAUUCGAAGAAUCGCUUCUUCCGGGUUGGAUCUUCAUUCCCUCUCUCUUGAAUCUUUACAGAAACCCCCAUUACCUAAAACUAUUAUGAAAUUGGGUUUGACCAUGAAGAACUUGAAGAUUUUAAACUGUCCUUGGGCCAAGUGUUUUCGAAAUCACCACCUUGUUGCCAUAGCUGAUGCUUUACCAUGGCUUGAAGAGCUCG